UAGUGGAUGCGGACAGAGGGUCGCACAUAUGCUCUCACAGCGCAGGAUCUCUGAGGAUUAUAGCCGCGGCAAAGGACCCUUACUGCGCCUUUUGGAGCGACCAAUUCACUGUGGAUAUACUUACACGAAAGGAAUAUAAAGAGGGGAUAACUCAAAGGCCAGAACAUCCAUAGUCAUGGAUGGGGUGAGGACGAAUGUCGUCUUUGGGGGUAUUUUGCUGGUGCUGGUUUCAGUUACCUGCGGGCUGUCGCCACCGACCAUUGUGUCCAAUGAAAAGGAGUUCAUCCUGCAGCCCAACUCCGUGUUCAACAUAAGCUGCACCGGGAAAAGGAACGUGGUUUGGGUGGAUCCCCUGCCGGAAAACACCUUCGUUUAUCCGGGAUACUACACGGCGACGCUCUUCAUUUACAACGCAACGGUGGAAAACACCGGCUAUUACACGUGUGACUAUGAAACCCAGGAGCAGGAGGGCGAGGAGGAGGAGGAGGGCGACAGGAGAGAGGAGGAUGACGCGGAAAUAUAUGUCUAUGUGCCAGAUCCCCAGGCCCCAUUUGUUCCAGAGACCCCUGAUAACUCGGUGGUCCCCGUGGACAUGGGAGAACCCAUCUCCUGCCGUGUAUCUGACCCUCACCUAGACGUCACCCUGAGGAGUGUCCCCAGUGGAGAGGUGAUAUCUGCCUUUUACGACAGCAAGACGGGCUUCUUCGGGAGCCUCUCUCCUGGGCAGUACCAGUGUGAAACCACUGUCAGUGGCCAGACGGUCAGAAGUGUUGUUUAUGCCGUGGAAGCUGUGGCCCCCGUGGAUAUGGAGGAUUUUGAUGUGGAAGUAAAAGCCAGUGAGGAAAACGUGAGAGCCGGGCAACCUUUCAACAUCACCUGCGCCGCUCCCGCUGGGCUGGGCUUUCGGCAGCAGUGGCUCCACCCUAAGAAACAGGCUGUGGACGCAGUUCAGACGAAACAGGCUUUUCCUGACCGGGUCAUCUACACCCUCAGUAUCCCACAAGCCACCUCUCAGGACAGUGGCACCUACGAAUGCUCCAUCACCCACGACAUCAGCGGAGAGGUCAGAGCCAGCAGCGUGGCCGUCAGUGUCUUCGAGGAGAAUUCCUUUGUGACACUGGACCAUAGUGGGAUUCUACCGAUGGAGUUUGUCAGCCUUUUGGAGGAGACCGAGUUUACCAUUCUCAUCAAUGCCUACCCGGCUCCCAAAGUGACUUGGCUGAAAGAUGGCAAACCCCUGAAAGGGAACUACUAUAUCCUCACCAAAACAAGCCACCUUGAAGGGAACCGGUAUCAAAGCAUUCUGACAUUGCGGCAACCUCUGGAGAAAGACAAUGGGAAUUAUACCAUCACGGUCCUUAGUGGCUCUCGUACUGCUCAGUUCUCCAUUAUCCUUAAAGUGAAAGCCCCCACUGCAUUGACGUUCCCACCAUCCUCAGCCCCUGUGCUGCUGCCACCGAUGGAGGAGCUGGUGGUGCCCCUCCACACUCCUUUCACCCUGACCUGCCGUGGAGAGGCCAAGCUCGCCUGGGAGACGCCUCUCGAUGUGGUCGAGCAAGUGCAGGAGGACAACAGCGGCCUGUUUGUCACAUCCAUCACUGUGGACAGCGCCACUGCAAUGCACACGGGCUACUACUCGUGCUUCUACAGCAGAAAUAACACUGAGGAGACAGAGGACAGCAGCAUCUACAUCUAUGUGCCAGAUCCAGAUGUUCCCUUUGUGCCGUCGCCGGUGCCUUUUGGUAACCAUGUCCUGUCCGACCAUGAGGAGAUGGAGAUUCAGUGUCGAGUGACUGAUCCCAGCGCCAAUGUGACCCUGUUUAACGCCGACACCCAGCAGCCCGUGCCGAGCGUUUAUGACAGCAGGAGGGGCGCUCUGGGGGUAUUCACUGCUGGAACCUACAUUUGUAAGGCCCUCAUAAAUGGAGAGGAACACAUCAGCGAGGACUUCAUUGUGCACGGCUGGGCAGGUGGUGCUCUACACGUUGAGCUCACAGCCAAGCGGACUGCUCUGCUGGUCGGAGACACCAUCACAGUCACCUGUCUGGCUCGGGGACCUGAGAUUCUGGAAGACCACUGGAAAUACCCAGGGAAACUGGCUAAUCGUGCUAUCAAAACAGUGCAUGAGAAUAAGAAGGAUCAGGAGAUCCUUUACACUCUGAUGAUCCCCCAUGCUUCAACCAAAGACAGCGGCAUCUACUCUUGCUCCAUCACGGAUAUUAUGAGCAAUGAGAGUCAGACGAGGCAGCUAGCUAUUAGAGUUUUUGGAAGCGAGUUUAUGUCCAUCUCGCCGCAGUUUGGAGAAUACGAAUCAACAGAGCUGGAUGAGGUCCGGGAGUUCAGGGCUGAAAUCAGCUCCUUCCCCACUGCUCGCGUCACAUGGCUCAAAGAUGGAAUCCCACUCAGUGAUGUGACAGCGGAGAUCUCCACCAGCCUCCAGCAGCUCAGUGAGACCAGCUACAUGAGUGCUCUCACCCUGAUCCGGGCCAAAGAGGAAGACAGCGGGAACUACACCAUGCGAGUGGAGAAUGGAAACCAAAGUCAGGAUGUUAGCUUAAUGCUGGAGGUCAAAGUGCCUGCAGUCAUUGUGGAGCUGAUGGACAUCCACCAUGGCUCAGCCACAGGUCAGGCUGUGGUGUGCAUCACCAGAGGACAGCCCACUCCUGUGGUGGAGUGGUUCGUCUGCAAGAACAUCAAACACUGUGCGAACGACUCAUCUUCCUGGGCCCCCCUCCCCACCAACUCCACGGAGAUCACCGUGGAUUCCCGCAUCGAUGAAGAGAAUAACCUGGAGAGCCAGGUCAUGUUUGGUCAUCUGGAAAACACACUGGCGGUCCGCUGCCUGGCUAGGAACGAAAUGGCUGCUGUCACCAGGGAGGUCAAACUGGUGUCUAAUGGCCCCCACCCUGAGCUGACUGUAGCUGCUGCUGUGCUGGUGCUCCUGGUCAUUGUCAUCAUCUCACUCAUUGUCUUGGUUGUUAUCUGGAAACAGAAACCACGAUAUGAGAUCCGCUGGAGGGUCAUCGAGUCUGUGAGCCCAGAUGGCCAUGAGUACAUCUAUGUGGAUCCCAUGCAGCUUCCCUACGACUCCAGAUGGGAAUUCCCCCGUGACAGACUUGUGCUCGGUCGUAUCCUGGGUUCUGGAGCCUUUGGGAAGGUGGUAGAGGGCACCGCCUAUGGACUCAGUCGCUCUCAACCUGUCAUGAAAGUGGCAGUGAAGAUGCUGAAACCCACAGCACGCUCCAGUGAGAAACAAGCCCUGAUGUCUGAAUUGAAGAUUAUGACUCAUCUUGGACCUCAUCUAAACAUUGUUAACCUUCUGGGUGCUUGCACCAAGUCAGGCCCGAUCUACAUUAUCACAGAGUACUGCUUCUACGGGGACCUGGUCAACUACCUGCACAAGAACAGGGAGAACUUCCUGAGCCUGAACCCAGAGAAGAAUAAGAAAGAGCUGGAUAUCUUUGGAAUCAACCCUGCAGACGAGAGCAGCAGGAGUUAUGUGAUCCUGUCCUUCGAGAGCAAAGGAGACUACAUGGAUAUGAAGCAGGCUGACAACACUCAGUAUGUGCCCAUGCUGGAGAUGAGCAAUGCCUCCAAGUAUUCAGACAUCCAGAGGUCCAACUACGACCACCCGCCCUCGCAGAAAGGCUCAAGUGAGGGCGAGAUGGACAACCUGCUGUCGGACGACAUGAACGAGGGCCUCUCCACCACCGACCUGCUCAGCUUUACCUACCAGGUGGCCAAAGGCAUGGAGUUCCUGGCUUCUAAAAAUUGUGUGCAUCGGGACCUCGCAGCCAGGAAUGUCCUUCUGUCUCAGGGCAAGAUAGUGAAGAUCUGUGACUUUGGACUGGCCAGAGACAUCAUGCAUGACAACAACUACGUCUCCAAAGGGAGUACUUUUCUGCCGGUGAAGUGGAUGGCACCAGAGAGUAUUUUUGACAACCUGUACACUACUCUCAGUGACGUUUGGUCUUACGGCAUUCUCCUCUGGGAGAUAUUCUCCUUAGGUGGCACCCCCUACCCAGGGAUGGUCGUGGAUUCGAGCUUCUACAACAAGAUCAAGAGUGGAUACAGGAUGUCCAAACCCGAGCACGCGCCUCACGAUGUGUAUGAGAUGAUGAUGAAGUGCUGGAACAGCGAGCCAGAGAAGAGGCCUUCUUUCCUUGGUCUGAGUGAUACUGUAGCUUCUUUGCUGCCCUCCAGCUACAAGAGGCAUUAUGAGAGGGUAAACCACGAGUUCCUGAAGAGUGACCACCCCGCCGUGACUCGGGUGUGCAUGGAAAACGACGACGCCUACAUCGGCAUCACCUACAAGAACCAGGGCAAGCUGAAGGACAGGGAAAGCGGCUUCGAUGAGCAGCGGCUGAGCUCCGACAGUGGCUACAUCAUUCCCCUCCCCGACCUGGACCCCGUAUCUGAUGAUGAAUAUGGAAAGAGGAACAGACACAGCUCUCAGACAUCCGAGGAGAGCGCCAUCGAGACGGGCUCCAGCAGCUCCACUUUUGCUAAGCGCGAGGGUGAGACCCUGGAGGACAUCACGCUGCUGGACGAGAUGUGUCUGGACUGUAGUGACCUGGUAGAGGACAGCUUUCUGUGACAACUGCCCGGCCUGUAGAGCAGUAGCAGCAAGGAAAAGGGGUGUAAGGACACGAGGAACUAGAGAACGAACUUGUACAUCAGCCAGAGACUCUGCUGUCUACCCUCCAGCCCCGCUAUUCCUCCACCUCGAUCGCCCUUUCAGAGGACAGAACAAAACCACUUCACUGUCUGGAUGAGUUUGUGGUUAUGGCAUGGUACGCCCUUUACUUCUCCCUGGACAGUGCCCCCUGCUGGGCUGGAGGAGUGAGUGAGCAUUGACAAAAUUGUGACAUCGAGGACUCAGAGAACCACAGCCAGUGAGCCUGUGAGUUGGAUGUAUCUAGACAAAACAGAAAAAAAAGAGAUUAAUUAGCGGGGCUUUCUUCUAGCGGGCAUUCUUUUAACAGCAAUAUAAGCAAGAAGGGACAAAUCAAAACGCGUUGGUCAGCAACUCUAAAUGAACGAACA